AAUAUCUGCAAAAUUAUAACUGUGCCUUCAAUGUCCUAACCAUUGAACAAAAUUAUAAAUGUGCCUUCAAUGUCCUAACUGUUGAACAAAGAAGUAUCAAAAUGAAUAGGACAGACAGUGUGGAUGCUAAUAAGGCUUGGCAUGAAUCUGCCAGAUGGUUGAUCAGAUGUGGUGCACUACGAGCAGAUCACAAAGCCAAUUGGCCACAGGCAACUGCAUUCGACUUGGCUUAUACAUUACGGGAUGGUGUAUUGCUGUGUAAUCUAUUGAACAUUGUAGAUGCAGGAUGCAUAGAUAUGAAAGACGUGAAUCAAAAGCCACAAAUGGCACAAUUUCUUUGCUUGCGUAAUAUAAAAGUAUUUUUAUCAGCGUGCUCGAAUGUUUUUGGUCUCUCCGAUUCGGAACUCUUCGAGCCGUCGAUGCUAUUCGACCUUUCUAACUUUCAUCGCGUCCUCUGCACACUCUCCGCCUUGUCCAAUUGUCCACGAUUAAGGCGAAAGGGUAUAAUUGGAUUCUUCGUUGGUCAUGGAAGAUCGCAAGAGGAUAUUUAUAAGGAUUUACAAAGUGCCGGAGCAGGCCGCGAAGAUGAGGGUCGUCGCAGGAGAUUUAGGAGACGCGAAGGCGACGAAACUGGUAGCGGAGGAGAUAAUGAGGAUCCAGUCGGCGAAGAGGAUGGGUAUGGAGCUUUUUGCAGCCACGCGCAGAGUGAAGAGAUCUAUCAGGACCUCUGUAGUCUACAUUUACCACCACCUCCGUCAGUUGCGCAGAGUAGUGCCAUUUCUGGAGGAGAGAAAAGAGAUUACGUAAUCCAGGAACUCGUGGAAACUGAGCGAAAUUAUACAGAGGUUCUCAGUAACCUACUUAGACAAUUCGUCCGACCAUUGUCGUCGUUACUCCGACCCGAAGAUUCCGCUCGUAUUUUCUUCGGUAUCAAGCAACUCUCAGAGAUUCAUGUGGGCUUCCACAGUCAGCUACGUAAGGCGCGAAACAGCGCCGCAAUCGCCCAAGUCUUCCUCGACUGGCGAGAGAAGUUCCUCAUUUACGGCGAUUACUGCGCAAAUCUCACCCUAGCACAAUAUACUCUGCAAGAAGCCUGCUCGCGUAACGAAAUAGUCAAUCAAGAAGUUGUCAGGUGUGAGCAAGAAGCUAAUAGUAAUAAAUUUAAGCUGAGCGAUAUACUAUCUGUGCCGAUGCAGAGGGUGCUCAAGUAUCACUUGCUAUUGGAUAAGUUGGUAGAGGAAACUCCUCGCGAGUGGAUAGAGGAUUUCCGUGCAUUGGCGAAGGCCAGGGAAGUGAUGGUCGAUGUUGCUCAAUACAUAAAUGAAGUGAAACGCGAUUCCGACACACUGGACAUCAUAAAGGACAUCCAAGCAUCGAUAAUCGACUGGGAUGUUCCUGAAGACGCGCAGCUGAAGGAUUUCGGCCGAUUACUUCGUGACGGCGAGCUUAAGGUGAAAGCUCAUGGCGACCAACGGAUAAAAGCCCGUUAUGCAUUCGUAUUCGAGCAAGUGGUAUUGAUUUGCAAAGCUGGCAGAGGAGACCAAUAUUGUUAUCGGGAAACUCUAAGAUUAGAUGACUAUAGACUGGAAGAUCACAUAGGACGCCGAACUUUAGGCAGAGAUUCACGUUGGUCCUAUCAAUGGCUACUUGUACAUAAACAAGCAUACACGGCAUAUACUUUAUAUGCGAGAACAGAAGAGCAGAAACAGAUAUGGAUAAAAGCAUUGCAGGAUGCGAUGGAUAAUGUUAAUCCCGCAGCCUGUCGAAAUACCAAUCAUAAAUUCAAGUUAACGACAUUUGAUACUCCUAAAAGCUGUCAACGAUGUGGAAAAUUCCUUAAAGGCCGCAUAUUUCAGGGCUACAAAUGCGAGACAUGUCGCCUUGCCGUGCACAAACAGUGUAUCGCGCAUUCGGGUCGUUGUAUGCCUACGCCGACGUCACCAACACCGCCACCGCCACUACCCUGCGAACGUGCGCUCUCCGCGAAAUUAUGGUUCGUCGGGGAGAUGGGCAGAGAUGCAGCUUCCAAUAAAUUGGAAUCCCGCGAUGAUGGCACUUACAUGCUGCGUGUUCGUCCUACUGGACAACCACGCCUCAAACAUGAAACCAAUUAUGCCCUUAGUAUCAAAGCGGAAGGGGCGGUAAAACAUAUUCGAGUAUUCAAACGUGACGUGGAUGGAGCGGAUCUAUACUAUCUCAGCGAGUCCCGAUUUUUCAAGAGCGUUGUUGAAUUGGUCGAAUAUUACGAGCGGGCAUCACUCUCAGAGAACUUCGAGAAAUUAGAUCAACGUCUAUUAUGGCCCUACCGGCGUGUCUUGGCCAAGGCAUUGUUCGACUUCCGCGGCUGCGAACGCAAUCAAUUAAGCUUACGACGUGGUUGUCGAGUCGUGGUGUUGAGCAAGGAAGGUGAUGCCAAAGGAUGGUGGAAAGGUAAAAUAGGCGAUCAAAUAGGAUUCUUUCCAAAAGAGUACGUAGAGGAGGAAUAGGAUUACAUUUCUUUUACAGUUAAUUGCAUCCUUUUUAUGUAAAUUUAAAUUAUCAA